CUUGCAGAUCAGUCUCUCCGCGGCUCGGUCUUUCUGCAUAGGCAAUCACAGCUCCUACUUCCAGACUCAACUCUCCCUCUCGCACUGAUUGCAAUGAAUUUUCUGCCUGAAUGUAGGUCGCUUACAACCGAGAACACGAGUUUCCUUCACAUCCAGUGUUGUUGUCUUUCUUCUUGUUAUUUUUAAUUUUUCCCCCCUUUCGUGGUCGUUGCAUUCCUUUGGAGAAGCCAAUCGCAUUGGAUUCCAAAAAGGAGAGCAGGAACCGUAUGUGAAUAAUCCUGGCUGCAUGAUAGCCCGAGAGGAUUUCCUGAAAGAUUCUGGCUGUGUAAAAAAGACCCCUAUGCUUCUGCAGCUUUACCCAGUGUUAAGGUUUAAUCACAUACUACUGUUGGAGAAUUGAAAUGACUGUCAGUCUACAUGAGCAGUGAAAUCUCCAGUAAAAGUGCCACUGGCAUAUGGAUAGAUUUAAGACAUUGCUAUAGCUUGGAAUUAAGAUCGUCCUAAACUUCAACAUCUGAUUCCUCAAUGGAAAAUAUUUCUGCUGUCACUAAAAUGACAUCAUGCUGCCUCCUAUGGGACAAUGCUGAAGCCUUUUCAAAAAUAUAACACAGUGGCUGACUGAGUGGGCUGGACUUCACUGGAAGGAGCCAUUUCACUGGGGCAGUGGAAUAACUGCGGAUCUCUCACGUGCACUCUGCUUGUCGGGAAGUGCGGUGCAUUGCUGGGAUUAAUUCAACACUAAAGUCUGGGAUGGGCCUUAGGGGCAAACACUCUCUUGUUUCUUCUGACAUUGGGAUUUGUCUACAGCCAGUCAGCUGAGGCACCUACCACACAUCAGCUUUUGCUUUUUUGCUGCCCGAACAAAGAUACGUUUUCCCUCACUUCAUCUGCUUUUGACUACUUUUUUAUUAGUUUUCAUUUUCCUUGACUGAUUAAUUUCUGCUGGCUGUGGAAAAAAGAGCCCUGCUGAUGUUGAUUUAAAUAAUGUCGAAACCAAUGGGACUCCUAUGGCUGCCUUUGAUUUUCACACCAGUGUGUGUCAUGUUGAAUUCCAACUUCCUCCUGUGGAUAACUGCACUGGCUAUAAGAUUUACUCUCAUUGAUGGCCAAGCACAAUACCCAGUUGUUACUACGAAUUAUGGCAAAAUACGUGGUUUAAGAACACCUUUGCCUAACGAGAUCCUUGGUCCAGUGGAGCAGUACUUGGGUGUUCCUUAUGCUUCUCCUCCGACUGGAGAAAGGCGAUUUCAGCCCCCGGAGCCACCAUCCUCUUGGACGGGUGUCCGCAACGCCACGCAGUUUGCUGCGGUCUGCCCGCAGUACCUGGAUGAGAGGUCACUGCUCAACGAUAUGCUGCCGGUCUGGUUUACAGCCAAUCUGGAUACUGUGGUGACAUACGUUCAAGAUCAAAAUGAAGACUGUCUGUAUUUGAAUAUCUAUGUGCCCACAGAGGAUGGAGCCAACACAAAGAAAAGCGCAGAUGAUAUAACCAGUAAUGAUCGUGGUGAAGAUGAAGACAUUCAUGAUCAGAACAGCAAGAAACCUGUCAUGGUCUACAUCCAUGGUGGAUCUUACAUGGAGGGUACUGGAAAUAUGAUUGAUGGCAGCAUUCUCGCAAGUUAUGGAAAUGUCAUUGUUGUCACUAUCAAUUACAGGCUGGGGGUUUUAGGUUUUUUAAGUACUGGGGACCAAGCUGCAAAAGGCAAUUAUGGAUUGCUUGACCAAAUCCAAGCUUUACGUUGGAUUGAAGAAAAUAUUGGAUCUUUUGGAGGAGACCCGAAGAGAGUUACUAUUUUUGGAUCUGGGGCAGGAGCUUCCUGUGUCAGUCUCCUGACACUCUCCCACUAUUCAGAAGGUUUGUUCCAAAAGGCAAUCAUACAGAGUGGAACAGCCCUGUCCAGCUGGGCAGUGAACUAUCAGCCUGCCAAGUACACUCGGAUAUUGGCAGAUAAAGUGGGCUGCGACAUGCUGGAUACCACUGAUUUGGUUGAAUGUCUGCGGAAUAAGAAUUACAAAGAACUCAUUCAACAGACUAUCACUCCAGCCACGUACCACAUUGCCUUUGGGCCUGUGAUAGAUGGAGACGUGAUUCCAGAUGACCCUCAGAUUCUAAUGGAACAAGGGGAAUUCCUUAACUAUGAUAUAAUGCUGGGUGUGAAUCAAGGGGAAGGUUUAAAAUUUGUGGAUGGCAUUGUAGACAAUGAAGAUGGUGUUUCUCCCAACGAUUUUGACUUUUCUGUCUCCAAUUUUGUGGACAAUCUAUACGGUUAUCCAGAAGGGAAGGACACACUGCGAGAGACCAUUAAAUUCAUGUACACUGACUGGGCAGACAAAGAAAACCCCGAAACAAGACGGAAGACCCUGGUUGCUCUUUUUACAGACCACCAGUGGGUUGCUCCAGCUGUUGCCACGGCUGACCUGCAUGCCCAGUAUGGAUCUCCAACAUAUUUCUAUGCAUUUUAUCACCAUUGCCAAAGUGAAAUGAAACCCAGCUGGGCUGAUUCAGCUCAUGGCGAUGAAGUCCCUUAUGUGUUUGGGAUUCCUAUGAUUGGUCCCACAGAACUGUUCAACUGCAACUUUUCCAAGAAUGAUGUCAUGCUCAGUGCAGUGGUUAUGACAUACUGGACUAACUUUGCCAAAACUGGAGAUCCAAAUCAGCCUGUUCCUCAGGACACAAAGUUCAUCCACACAAAACCCAACCGCUUUGAAGAAGUGGCCUGGUCCAAAUACAAUCCUAAAGACCAACUUUAUUUACAUAUUGGCCUGAAACCCCGAGUUCGGGAUCACUACCGAGCAACAAAAGUGGCUUUCUGGUUGGAGCUGGUACCGCACCUUCACAACCUGAAUGAAAUAUUUCAGUAUGUUUCCACAACAACUAAAGUCCCCCCUCCUGACAUGACCUCAUUUCCGUAUGUGACCCGACGUUCUCCUGGUAAAUUAUGGCCAGCCACCAAACGCCCAGCAAUGACACCUGCCAACAAUCCCAAACAUUCAAAAGACACCCACAAAACAGCUCCGGAGGAUACGACAGUUCUGAUAGAGAACAAGAGGGAUUACUCCACAGAGCUGAGUGUCACCAUUGCUGUGGGGGCCUCCUUGCUGUUCCUCAAUAUUUUAGCUUUUGCCGCAUUGUACUACAAGAAGGACAAGCGGCGUCACGAGACCCACAGGCGGCCCAGCCCGCAGAGGAACACCACCAAUGACAUAGCACACAUACAGAAUGAAGAGAUCAUGUCCUUGCAGAUGAAGCAGCUGGAACAUGACCACGAGUGUGAAUCGCUGCAGGCCCACGACACACUGAGACUCACCUGUCCACCUGACUACACGCUCACCUUGAGAAGGUCCCCAGAUGACAUCCCGCUAAUGACACCCAACACCAUAACCAUGAUUCCAAAUACAUUAACAGGAAUGCAGCCUUUGCAUACUUUCAACACCUUCAGUGGAGGACAAAACAGUACAAAUUUGCCCCAUGGACAUUCGACCACUAGGGUAUAGCUCAGCCCUUCCCCAUCUACCCUCACAAGCCACUUGGAAGAAAGAAAAAAAGAAAAAAAAAAAAAAAAAAGAAAAAAAAAAGAAGAGGAAAAAGUUAUAUACCGUCCAUUGAACACCUUGUCAAAAUCUAAAGUAAAAAUAAGUAAAAGAGAAGGACAGUCAUUAUUUUCUUACUGAUCCUUCCCACAGAAACUCACAGAUGUUAAAGAUCAACCACAAACCCUGUGAAAUGUGAAAAGUGUACAUUGCUGUUACGAUACUGCUUUAAGAUCUCAGCCACUUUGAUUGAAAGUUGAGGCCAGAAGAAGUAAUUUAAAAUGGUGUUUUAAGUGUAACAAGAAAAGCAGAGUCUUCUGGAAUGCAGAGCCAGUGACUGUACAGGUGUUUUGUUUUGGGUUUUUUUUUUUUUUUUAAUAAAUAAAAUUAUAAAAAAGA